UCGCGUAGAGUUCACAACCGACAGCCAACCCUCCUCGAUCGACCUCACCUGCUCCGCCCGACAUGAGUGAUCAGGAGGGCGAGAUCAUGGAGAUCGACGACCUCCUCUCCGAGAUCCUGCUCCGCCUCCCGCCGGAGCCGUGCUCCCUCCCGCGCGCCUCCCUCGUCUCCACGCGCUGGCGCCGCCUCUCCCGUGACCCCGCCCUCCUCCGUCGCUUCCGCGCCCGCCACCGCCGCCACGCGCCCCUCCUCGGCGCCUUCUUCACCGACUACUCCGCCAGCACCAACCGCCACAGCCACAUCUCCUUCGCCCCUACGCUCGAUCCCCCCAACCGGGUCCGCUUCUCCUUCCCGGUCUUCGAGUACCCUUGCAUGGUCCUCGGCUGCCGCCACGGCCUCCUCCUUGCCUCCUUCUAUUACCAGCCCGGGCUCCUGGUCUGGGACCCCGUCACAGGCGACCAGCACCGCCUCGAUCAUCUUCAUCCUCCUGGAGGGUUCAAGUUCAAGACGAUGAACGGGGCGGUGCUUCGUAGUACCCAAGAAGACAUCCAUUUCAAGGUGGUCAUGGUAGGCCACGACGAGCAGCAUACACAAGUCAUCGCCAGCGUCUACUCGUCGCAGACCCGUGAAUGGGGCAGUGUCAUCUCCGCACCCAUUCCACCCACUGUUUCUGUAGUCACGGCGGUUCCAAGUGUCCUCAUCGGGGAUUCCCUUUACUGGUCGUCUUCUAGGAAUCCGGCUCAUCCGACCACCGUUCUUGAGUUCAAUCUGGGCACUAAGAGCCUAGCUGUGAUAGACGUGCCGGUGAAUAUGUACGCCCACGGCAAUCGAAGCUUCUCGGUUAUGCGGGCAGAGGAUGGCGGGCUUGGUUUCCUCUUUCUGUCGGGCCACAAUGCACAACUAUGGAAGAGGAACACGGACGGCGAUGGCGUUGCUUCAUGGGCGAUCACAAAAACUAUUCAAUUGGACAAGCUACUUUCCCUGAAUACGAAUACAGAGGAGGAGGAGGAGGACGAGGAGGAAAGGAGCCUGUCGAUUGAAGGGCUUGCUGAAAACACUAAUGUGUUGUUCUUGAGAACAUCUAUCGGUCGCUUUAUGGUGCAUCUUGACUCACUAUGGUCAUUGAGGUGCAAGGAACUUUCCCAAGCCGGGGUCACACAUGUGCUUCACCCAUUCACAAGUGUUUACACGGCUGCAGAUAACAACACACUUUCACCAUACAGGUCAUCUACCAGGCAACUGGCUAAAUAUGUACGUGGUCGUUACUCAGCCAUGUGAAAGUCAAGGAGUAUAUGACAUAUUGGUGCAACUGUUGGGAGACGAUAGCACGGGAUACUAACAAGCGGUUUGUACGACGGUCCAACAAUAGGAUAAAUGUAUAGUCGUCUUGUUCUACUUUUAUCGAUUAUGACAAUUUUUAUUUUAUUUCAGUUCUUUCUGUAUCGAACUACGUUGUAUGCAUCAUUUUAAUGCAACACGAG